AUGACUACACUAGAAAAGAUUGGUAUUCAAGGUAUUCGAAGUUACAGUGAUGAAGAUGUUGAAGUUCUUGAAUUUUCAACUCCUAUUACUAUAAUAUAUGGUAAUAAUGGAAGUGGUAAAUCGACAAUAAUUGAAUGUCUUAAAGUGAGUUGCACAGGUGAUUUCCCUCCUAAUGCUGAAAAAGGUAAAUCCUUUUUACAUGAUCCUUUAAUAUCUAAUAAGAUGAAUAUAAGAGGUAAAAUUGAUGUUCUUUUAAAUAAUUAUAAUAAUAAACGUAUAGGUAUAUCUCGUUCAUAUAAUUUAUUUUAUUCAAAAGAUAAAAAUAAGAAAGUGAAACAUACAUUUAGAGCUUUAGAUAAUAAUAUAAUUAUAAAAAAAGAGAAAGGUGAUGAUUUAAUUAUUACAAAUAAAUGUGUUGAUAUUAAUAAUCAUAUUCCUAAGUUAAUGGGAGUAUCUAAAGCUUUAUUAGAUAAUGUUAUCUUCUGUCAUCAUGAUGAGAAUCUAUGGCCAUUUAGUGAAUCGAUAAAAAUAAAAAAGAAAUUCGAUGAAUUAUUUGGAGAUGAUCAUUUUUCUAAAAUAUUAGAAGAAUUAUUAAAAUGUAAGAAAUAUUUAAAUGAUUUAUUAAAAAGAAAAGAAUAUGAUUUAAUACAUUUAAAAGAAAAUUAUGAAAAAAAAAAAUAUAUGAAUAUAGAAAUUCAAAAAUAUGAAAAAGAAAUAGAAAGUGCUCAAAUAUGUAUACAAUUAGAUGUAGAAGAAAUACAAGAAAAUACAAUUAUUUUAAAUAAUUUAAUAAAAAAAAAAAAUCUUUUAUAUAAACUAAUAGCAGAUAUAGAUUCCUAUUUUUUAUUAUAUAAAAAAUUCCAAAUCGAUGCAGACACAUAUAAAGAUCUCAAAGAAAUAUAUGAAGAAAGCUAUACUGAGUUAUUACAAUUCCAAGAUGUUUUUAAUAAGGAUAUUAAUAAAUAUCAAAUGUUCAUACAAAAUGUAAAACAAGAUAUAAAUAAUUUACAACAAGAAAAACAAACAUGCAUGCAUAAUUAUAAAGAAUCUAACACUAAUGAUUAUAAUCAUGAUCUAACCAAAAAGGAAUUAAAUCAAUCUAUAAUAAAAAGAGAUUAUAUAAUAAAUAAUCUAAAUCAUAUAUGUUUUAAUCAUAAUGAUAAUAUAAUAUAUGAUCCUACACAAAAGAAUCUUACAAAUAAAGAACAGAAAAAUGAAAAGAAUAUAAAAAUAAAUAUAAAAAAAAUAAUAGCAAAGGAUCAUGAAUGUUUAUCUAUGAAACAAAAUUUAUUACAAGAAUAUUGUGAAUUAUUAAACAUGUAUGAUAUAUAUAAAGAUGGCAUAACAUUGUAUGAUAAUGAUGAUAUGUUAGAUAAUAAAAAUGCAAAGCCCCUUUGUUUGAGUGUAAAGGUUAUAGAAGAAUUAUUUUUUAUAAGUGAAAAAAAUGUUCAAGAUAAAAAUAUUGAUAAUAAUAGUAAUAAUAAUAAUAAUAGUAAUAGUAAUAGUAAUAAUUAUAUUUCUUUUUGCGAUCAAAAAAUUGGUCAAGGUCAAAACGUUUCAGAUGUAUUAUCCAAGUUUCCAUUUUUAAAAAAGAAACAUGAGAAAAAAUUAGAUUCCAUAAGAUAUGUUUUAAAAAGAUAUAUAUCACACAUAAAACAAAAUAAAUAUAAAAAAAAAAAUAUCAUAUACAAAAUAAAAAAUUUGAAAAAAAGACUAUUGAAGAUUGAAAAGAAAAUAAAAUUAUUAAGUAUAUAUAAAAAUAAAUUAAUCAAAUUAAAAUCUGAUGAUAUUAUAUAUGAACAAAAUUUAAAAAAGAUAGAAAAAUUAAAUCAACUAAAAUGUUUAUAUGAUAAUCUAACUACUCUUGAUGAUGAUAUAGAUUCUUAUAAUAUUCAAAAAGAAAAUAAUUAUUAUGAAGAACAAAUAGAAAAAAAUAUUAAACAAAUUAAUGAUAUACAUCAAUUAAAAAUAUCGAUAUAUAUCUUUUUUAAUAAUAUCAUAAAGAAUUAUAAUUCUUUCUAUCAAUAUAUACUAUGUUAUAAAAAAAUACAUGCAAAUUAUAUUAUCUUUUAUGAUAUAUUCUUUUCUUUAUUUGUUUUUAUAAAAAGAGAGUUUUAUAAAAUUUUUAGUAUAUUGAAAGAGAAGGAUAUGGAUUUUUAUGAUUAUAUUCAGAGGGGCAUCGAACAAAAAAUAUUAAGUGUUGACAUAAAUACCAAUAUUGAAUUAAAAAAUAAUAAUAAUAAUAAUAAUAAUCAGAACAUACAAAAUAAUAAAUCUUGUGAUAGUUAUCAUUCGAAUGGAAAUAAAGAAUUUAAAAUGAAAAAUAAAAUGACAAAAUUGAAGAGUAACAUACAAAUAAUAGAAGAAAAUAUAGAAACAAUAAAGGAUAAGAAAAUAAAUUCAAGUGAAUUUAAUGUAGAUCUAAUAAACCAUAUACAUCAUAUGAAUGAUCAAACAAUUAAUAGUAAACAGAUACUUUAUAUGGAUGAACAUAUACAAAAGAAGAGACAACAGAAUGAAAGAAUAAAUGAUUAUACAUGUAAAUUAAAGAAACAAAAAAUAACACAAACACAGGAAGAUAUAUCCAUUAUAAAAAAUAAAAAGUAUUUAGAUAUAUUAUCAAAUAUUUUAAAUAUAUAUAUAGAAAAAUAUGAACAUAAAAUUAAUAAUAUAAAUAAUUAUAUUAUAUCAUUAAAAGAAAAGGUUUUACAAAUAUCUAAAGAAUUAAAUAAUAUUAAUAAUAAAAUGAAUGAAUAUAAAAACUUUUUAUCAAAUUUUAAUCAUAUGCUUAAAGAAAAAAAAUAUAAUCAUCUUAAAGAAUUUAUUAAUUAUUUAGAAUUAACUAAAAAUGAAUUAAAAAUAAAAAAAAAAAAUUUAUGGAUGUUACAUGGUAAAGAGGAUCUGAUGAAUGAAUUUAAAAAACACAUACAAAAAAAAGAAAAACAAAAUUGUGAUAAUAAUAAAAAAACAUGUAUAAUAGAACAAAAAAAAUGUUUAUUGUGUAAUCAUAUCAUAUCUGAAAAUAAUAAAGAUAUAGAACAAAUCGAAAUAUAUAUAGAAGAAGAAAAAAGACAAAUGUUAAAAAAAAUGGAAGAAUCUAAAAAUGAUAUUACUAUUUUAAAAAAUAAAAAAGAAGAUCAUAUCAUAUUAUUAAAUUAUUAUUAUUAUCAUAUACAACCUAUGCAGAAAGAUACAAAUGAUUUAAAUGAACUAGUCGAAAAAUUAAAAGAAGAACUUUUAUAUGUUCAAGAUAGUAUUGAAAAAUAUAAUACAAAAAUAAAAAAUGUUAAUACAAAAUAUCAGUUAAUUCAAAAAUUUAAACAAACAUGUAUACAUUUAAUGAAUAUACAAAAAAAUAUAUUAGAUGAAGAAAAAUAUGUAACAGAUCAAUCUAUGCAAAUAAAAAAAAAAUUUCAAGAAAUACAAAAUAAAAUAAAUGAUAAUAUAAAGAAUAAUAAAAUGAAUAAUAAUAUGAACAGUUAUAAUAAUACAUCUACUUCUGAUCAUUUUUUAUUUUUUGUUGAAAAAUUAAAUCACAUGAUACAAAAUUUAGAUAUUUCCAUAGAUGUAAAGGAAUCUAAUUUAUUAAGAAAUGUUAAAGAAUUUUUAAAAAAUUUUUUAAGAUAUAAUAACAAAGAUGUUAUAAAUAUUUUUUAUAAAAAAAUAUUAUGUGCAACAAAUCUAGAUGAUUAUUAUUGGUCUAUACCUCAUAAUGAUAUGAUUAAUAUAGAUUUAAAUGAACAAGAUAAUUAUAGAAAAAAUUAUGAAGAUAGUAUGAAAUAUAAUUUAUAUAAUAUUAAUGAUAAUAAUUAUAUGUGUAAAUUGCUUUCACCAGAUAAAGGGGUUCAUAUAAGAGAUGAUAAUUCAAGGGAUCAAAAAAAAAAACAUUUACAUGAAAAAAAACAAAACAAAACAAAAACAAAAACGAAAACAAAAACAGACAGUGAUGAAAUAAUUCCUUUUGAUAAUAUCAUAUGUGACGAUGCAUUUUAUGAAGCUGAUUUAUAUAAUUCUUAUAAUAAAAAUUUAAUCGAUGGUUAUAUAAGUCCAUGUAAAAAUAAAGAAGAAAGUGUAAAAAAAAACACCAUGGAUUGUAUAGAAGAAAUAUCUAACAAAUUAUCAAACAGUGAUGAUAUAUUAAAGAAUGACAAGAAGGUAUUAAUAAACAAAAUUAAUAAUUCUUUUAUUUGGUUUGUAUUAAAUGUUGGAGAGUCAAAUGAAAGAAAUGGAGAAAUAAAAGAAAAUAAAAAGAAUGACAUAAAUGGAAUGGACAAUGAUAUAAAUGGAAUGGACGAUGAUAUAAAUGGAAUGGACAAUGAUAUAAAUGGAAUGGACGAUGAUAUAAAUGGAAUGGACAAUGAUAUAAAUAGAAUGGACGAUGAUAUAAAUAAAAUGGACGAUGAUAUAAAAAAAAAUACUUGUGACACAUUUUUUAAGUGCUCCUAUUUUGUAAACAAUUUACCUUCAAUCAUAGAAAACAAUAAACGAUUUGAAAAAAUAUAUGGUAACUUUUUGUGUUGUCUAAAUGUAGAAGAAUAUACAAGAAAAGAACAAAACAAAAUGAUUGAAAAGAUGAAAAUUGUUAUAAAAGAUAGAGAAGCUUAUAUAAUAAAAAAAAGAAAAGUUCUUGAAAAGACUAUAAAUAUAGAUAAAAGGAUUAGAGAUUUAAUAAAAAAAAUGGAUAUUUACAUUUUAUAUUAUAAAGAGAAAAAAAGAAAACUUAUGGAUGAAAAAAUAAAUUUUUAUUAUUCUUUAAUUGAACAAUGUGAUACUCAAUUAAAAUAUUUAAAAAAAUAUAUUAGAAAUAAUAAAAAAAGUAUAUUUUUAGAAAAUCGAAAUUAUUUUUUAAAAAUGAAUAUCAUCUAUAUUUCUAUAAAAAAAUUAAAACUUUUAGAAGAAGAAAUUUCAAAUAAAGAAAAAUAUUUAAAAGAUAUAGAAGACAAAUUAAAUAAUAAUGAAAUAAUUAAAAAUCAAGUAAUUUGUAUUGAUAAAAAAAUUAAUGAAAAAAAAGAACAUAUUUUAUGUUUAGAAAAAGAAAAAAUGAAUAUAGAAAAAAUGUUACAUAAUAUUGUUAUGAAUACAAAUAUGAAGAAAAUGUAUGAACAAUACAUGGAACAUCAUCAAAAGUUUUUAUUAUCUUUGAAUCAAUUAAAGACAUCUUUUUUUUUUUUCUACGAUCGAGAAAAUGGAACAAAUAAAAAUAUAUCUCAAAUAGAAUAUACACAUGAUAUAAAUGGUGAUAAAAAACAAAUAGGAAAUGAUAAUAAUAUAUCUUCAAAUGAUGAAUCUAUAAAUAAAACAAAUAUGUUUAAUCAUGUAGAGAAUGAAAUAAAUUAUAUUAAUGAUAUUGUAAAAAAACUUGAAGAAAAUUAUAACAAUAAUACAAACAUAUAUAAUUUUAUUAAUAAAACUUUUGAUAUUACAGAUUCUCUAAAAAAUAAAUUAAAAGAUAUUAUAAAAAUACAAGAAGAUGAUUUAAAUGAACAAAUCGAAAAGCAUACAAAAUCUAUAACAGCAUUAAAAAUUAAAGAAGCUGAAAUGAAUGGCAAAAUUUGUUUAAGAAAAGAAUAUUUAGAAAAAUUAAAAGAAGAUAUAAAAUCUAAAACAUUCAUUAAUAUAGAUAAAGAAUAUAAAAAAAAAAUUAUUGAAAUUUUUGUAUAUAAAAAUGUAAUUAAAGAUAUACAAAAUUUCCAUUUCUCAUUUGAUCAAGCAAUUAUUAAAUUCCAUUCAUUGAAAAUGCAAGAAAUUAAUUUAUCUAUUAAAAAUUUAUGGAGAAGAGUAUAUAAUAGUGCAGAUAUAGAUUAUAUAUAUAUUAAAUCUGAUGUACAAACUGAACUAACAGAGAAAUCUAGUCAAAGAAGAUCAUAUAAUUAUAGAGUUGUUAUGGUUAAAGACAACUGUGAACUUGAUAUGAAAGGUAGAUGUUCAUCUGGUCAAAAAGUUUUAUCAUCUAUUAUUAUAAGAUUAGCAUUAGCUGAAUCAUUUUCUAUUAAAUGUGGUAUCUUAGCAUUAGAUGAACCUACUACAAAUCUAGAUAAAGCAAAUUCAAGAAAUUUAGCUAGACUACUUGCAAAUAUUGUAGAACUAAGAAAAAAUAGCUCAUCAUUUCAACUUAUACUUAUAACACAUGAUAAUUAUUUUGUUGAUAUCUUAUCACAAUAUGGCCUAACCAAUUGUUUCUAUAAAAUUAAAAAAAAUAACUUAGGCUAUUCAAAAAUUGAAAGACUUAUAACGUGA